AAGUCCACGACACCAAAUGGUCAGUCUGUCUCUCUCUCUUUCUGCUCUUGGGAUCUCUGUGAGUUCAUCUGAGAAACCCCAUUUCUGAAGAACCGAGAACAAGAGAGUUAAAUUGCAGAUCUUGGGUUUAAGGAGAAUCUGACAGAAUAGGAGAGAAGAAAGAAACAUAAGCAGGCAUGAACAUAUUUCCCCUAUUCCUCAAGGAGAUUUGGGAUGAAUGGAAUCUCCGUGGUGCUGUUCUUGUUAGCCUUUUCUUCCAGAUAUUGUUAAUUUUCUGUGCAUCGUCACGAAAACGAACAGGAAACAUGAUUAUGACUUUCAUUAUCUGGUCAGUAUACUUGCUUGCUGACUGGGUUGCUGCCUUUGCUGUUGGCCUCAUUGCCAACGGCAACAAGGACGGUGACAAACAAGUUCAAAGUGACGACCUUCUGGCUUUCUGGGCUCCUUUUCUUUUGCUACACCUUGGUGGCCCGGAUACCAUCACUGCUUUCGCUCUUGAAGAUAAUGAACUUUGGCUUCGGCAUUUGCUGGGCCUUGUCAUCCAGUUUAUUGCUGUAGCUUAUGUCUUCUUAGAGUCGAUCUCGAAUGACCUAUGGAUCCCGACAAUCCUCAUGUUGGUUGCUGGAACUAUUAAAUAUGCUGAGCGGACGCGUGCUUUGUAUCUAGCUUGCUUGGGUAAUUUCAAGGAGUCUAUGCUUCCAGCUCCAGACGCUGGACCAAACUAUGCUCAACUUAUGGAGGAAUUCUCCUCAAAGGAAGAGGCCCAUGUUCCGGUAAAAAUUAUAAUAGCACCAGAGAAAAGAGCCAGUCAUUCUGCUCCCUCAGUUCGAGAAGAACCAUCUACUGGACCUAAUCACAUCUCAGAAAUGGAAAGUGGGUACAAGUUUUUUAAAAUUUUCAAGGGACUCAUUGUUGACCUCAUGUUUAGCUUCCAAGAGCGCAAUGACAGUCGAAAAUUCUUCUUCGAAAUGUUGCCAGAAAAGGCUUUUCGAGUGAUAGAAGUUGAGCUCAAUUUCAUGUAUGAUGCACUCUACACCAAGAUGGUAGUGGUGAAUCGUAAGAUUGGCUACUUUCUCCGUUUCAUUUGCACAGGAUGCAUAGCAGUUGCCUUGCAGCUCUUUUCAUCUCAUCAUAAGCACAAAAUUCACAAGUUUGACAUAGGUGUUACUUAUGCUUUGCUUAUUGGUGCAAUCAGCCUGGAUGUUAUAGCUAUCGUCAAGCUCAUUUUCUCUGACUGGACUAUAGUUUUACUGAAAAAUUUGACUGCAAAAGAAUGGAUCUAUUAUGCACGUGAAAAACUCUUUUUUUACAAACUAUGUGAGCCAUCUAAAUCUUUUUUUGACAGAAGGUGGUCUAAUUCUAUCUCACAGCACGGUUUGAUACGUUACUGCCUGAGGGAAAGGUUCAAAUGGUUCGACAAAUUGGCAGACAUUUGCGGACUUAAGGAUCUUCUGGAUGAGAUUCAGUACAAGGAAACUGUGACUGUCGAGGAAAAACUAAAGGAAUUCAUCUUCAAACAGCUAAAUAAGAAGGCUAAAAGUUCAGAGCAGCUAGAGGAAAAGGCUAAAAGUGCGGAGGAGAAGGCUAGAAGGGCAGAGCAGUCAAGAAUUGCCAAGGAGAUAUGUUCAGGAAGGGGCGAUUGGAUUCUGUCACAGUAUGCUUGCCACUCCCUUCUAUGGAGUGUUGAGAAAGAAUACGAUGAAUGCCUUUUAAUGUGGCAUAUUGCUACUGACCUCUGCUAUUACAAAGAUAUGCAAGAGGAAGGAAAAAAACCUGAUGAUGUAAAAGAUCGUCGUAAGUGGUGUAGGUUCCUGUCAGAAUACAUGUUAUAUCUUCUGGUCAUGCAGCCCACAAUGAUGUCUGCUGUGGCAGGUAUCGGGCAAAUUAGGUUUCGAGACACCUGUGCGGAAGCAAAGAAGUUUUUUCGCAGAGGACAACAAGAACAGAACUGUUUUAACAAGUUCUGUGAGCAAAUUAAGAAGCUUCUUUGCAUAGGACAAUCAAAACCAACGGACGAUCAGAUAUCAAAGUACUGUCAAAAGCUACUUUCAGUAGAUACUGUUGUUAAACCCAUUGACGUUAAAGGAGACAGAAGCAAAUCAGUCUUGUUUGAUGCGUGUAUGCUUGCAAAAGAUCUCGGAAAAUUGAACAAAAGGAAGAGGUGGAAGAUAAUGAGCAAAGUCUGGGUGGAAUUGUUGUCUUACGCUGCAAGUCAUUGCAGAGCAAAUACCCAUGCCCAGCAGCUCAGCAAGGGUGGAGAGCUUAUUACAUUUGUUUGGUUACUAAUGGCCCAUUUUGGCUUGGGGGAACAGUUCCGAAUUCAGGAGGGCCAUGCUAGAGCAAAGCUAAUUGUAACCAAGUAAAGGAAGUCUUCAAACCAACCAAUGAGGACGAUUCCGUGGAGUGUGAGAAUAAACAUAGUUUCUGUAUGUUCUUGGUAAUGAUGGGAAUUUAAAUGCUUGUGUGUUCUCUCUCUGCCUAAUUUCAAUAUAUCGAUCUCCAUUAUUAGCUGUAUGCUCUAGUUAUGAAUAGGAGAUAGAACAAUGGGGAGGUUUCAAUUCUAAAUGUAUUAGUACUGUAGUUUUUGUUAUUUUUUAUUUCAAAAUGGUAUUAUCCAUGGGCAAUGAGUUUCAGUUUAUUGGGUUCCAUUGCAAAGGUGCCCAUUUUCAAGCAUUUUCCCUUAAAUUUUUCUUAUUCUGUCAAAUAACUAGAGUGUUAUCCCUUUGUAAUCUUCUCUGAAGAUUUUGAGUUGGACAAUUAUUGAGUUUCACUGAGGAA